AUGGCUGAACUUCAGAAGCCUAGGACUCUCGAGGGCAAGAUUGCCAUAGUCACAGGAGCAUCACGCGGCAUCGGCAAAGCCAUCGCCUUCGACCUGGCCUUGCGUGGCGCGAAAGUGGUCAUAACCUACUCCAGCGACCGCUCGAAAGCACCCGUAGAGCAGCUCAUCUCCCAAAUCAAGGUCGAAGCCAGGAGCUCAGCGAUUGGCGUACAAUGCAAUCUACAGCACCUCUCAGCUCCAAAAGAGAUCAUCGACGCCUCCAUCCAAGCAUUUGGCAAUCACAUCGACAUACUCGUGAACAACGCAGCAGCCAUCUCAGCCAACUUCAUCUCCGACAUAACGCCAGAGUACUUCGAAGAAAUCUUCAGCUUGAACGUACGAGCCCCGCUCCUCAUGGUCCAGGCAGUGCAUCCACACCUCCGUGCUCCGGGUCGCAUCAUCAACAUCAGCAGCGUGGCAGCUCGGAACGGCUACCCUGGGACCGGAACCUACGCUGCUUCUAAGGCGGCGCUGGAAGGCUACACACGAAACUGGGCGGCUGAGCUUGGGAAGGACGGUACCACGGUCAAUGCUGUUGAGCCAGGUCCUGUGGAGAGCGAGAUGCUGGAUCAAGUUGAUCCCAAGACUGUUGAGGCGCAGAAGCAGCAGACGCCUGUUGAGCAGAGGGUAGGGAAGACGGAGGAGAUUGCUGAGAUUGUUGGGUUUCUCGCAGAGCCAAGAUCAUCUUGGGUCACUGGACAGUGUCUUAGCGCGAGCGGUGGCUAUGCCACUUAUUGA